AUGUGUCAGUAUGCUGCAGACCUGGACAGAUGGUUUGUGUUGGGUCGUCUCAGUCAACUCUCCUGGACCAUCAACUCCCAUUCUCCCCUCAACUUUACCAUCCAGUAUGGAGACGGGGAGGUGGGGCCUGACAUGACCACACCCAGGAAGAGUUUGGUGACCUUUUUGCACUCUGACUCCAGUGACACGGAGAUAGAGUUUGUCAAGGAGGAGCCACAGCUUGUCUAUCAUUUCCAGGUGACAGGCAGUGUAGUGAAGGCAGUUGAUCACUACUCUCCAUGUGGAGGGAAGACGAGAGAGGACGGAGGAGUUCAGGUUGGACCCAUCGGAAUAGCCAUCAUUUUCCUGUGAGCCUUAGCUAUAAGGGAGCAAAAGAAGUCAGGGAGAAAAAGGGACAUUUAUGCAUACAUGAAUGAUCUACCAAAGAGUGCUUAUAAUUAUAUCAUGCAUGGAAAAACUAAAGGAUCUGUGAAAGUUGGUAUAUAAUGUUAUGUAAGCUCCGCUCAGAAUAUCUUCUCACUUUGUUCCUCCUCUUUUCUGUGUAUAUGUAGUAUGUAAGUCAAGCGCAAGGUGUUAUUUUUUGCGUAAAUGGUUACACUUAAAACACCUGUAAAGUAUUCAUGUAUAAGCUACUCAUCUCCACCC